AAACUUAUAGCAGAGGAAGUACAUGCCGUCUUAAAAAGACUGAAAGAAGGAAAGUGUGUGCCAAACCUUGAAAAUGCGGACUGCUUAUGUAGAUUCUUCAAUCGGUAUAUAUUAUCGUGUCGUCAUAUUUUCCACGAACAACUUUGUGGUGCUAAUAUUUUAACGUCAGAAACUUGGAGAAACUUUCAAAAAACAUUUGAAGAGAAUGACAUGAAAGUAUAUCAAACCCAUAGUAUUGUAGAGGUACCUGUAAUUCAGAAAUCAUUAACAGAGAAAACAGCUGAAAAAAGCCAAUCAAAAAUGAAUGAAUUGUUUGAAUGA